AUGGCUGCCGGGGCCACGCUCCAGCCCUCCCCCAUGUGGGGGCUGCUGGGCUGCUGUUUCCUCUGUGGCUGGGCUCUGGGGGCCCCGAGGCCCCUCCGCUCCCUGCCCCUGCUGCCCACCCAAGCAGAGCCAGUACUGGCGCCUGUGUGGAUGCCCCCCCAGGGCACCGAGGCAGCCCUGGCUUUUCUCUACUCCGGAGACGCCCACCAGCUGGCGGGCGCUAACUGCAGUGAGCGCUCCAAGGCUCCAGGGGCAGAAGCCAGGCCAGGGCUCCCCGCGGGGCUGCAGAGGGCAGCGGGCACGGUGGCCCAGGCUGCCAACUUCCUCAACAUGCUGCUGCAGGCCAACGACAUCCGCGAGUCCAGCAUGGAGGAGGACGUGGAAUGGUACCAGGCCCUGGUCCGCAGUGUGGCUGAGGGAGACCCCAGGGCCUACCGGGCUUUGCUGACCUUUAACCCUCCGCCGGGGGCCAGCCACCUGCCGCUGGCCCUGCAGGCCACCCGGAGGGGGGCGGAGACCCUCCUGCAGGACUUGUCGGGCAACACGGUGCGUGAGGAGAGCCCGACAGAGGACCCGGAUGGCCCUGGCCUGCAGAAGCGGGUGCUGACCAAUGACCUGCGGAGCCUUGACAGCCCCAAGUGGCCCCAGGGGGACGGAUAUGUGGGGGACGCAUGGCAGGUGAGGCUGUCCCCGCCCUUCCUAGAUUGCCAGGAGGGCCGGCUCCGUCCCGGCUGGCUGGUCACACUCUCUGCCGCCUUCUAUGGACUCAAGCCCGACCUCAGCCCAGAGGUCCGGGGACAGGUGCAGAUGGACAUAGAUCUCCAGACUGUGGACAUCAAUCAGUGUGCCAGUGGCCCCGGCUGGUUCUCUAACACACACCUGUGUGACCUCAACAGCACGCAGUGUGUCCCCCUGGAGGGUCGGGGCUUCGUCCUUGGCCAAUACCUCUGUCGUUGCCGACCUGGGUUCUUCGCGGCAAGUGGCUCUGGGGGACUAGAGGAGGGUGCUGCACAGCCCACUGGGCCAUUCGGGUCCCAAGGCAGCGCGGGGAGGCUGUUGCGGUGCCAGACGUGUCCCGAGGGCUGCACCGGCUGCAUGGAUGCCACUCCGUGCCUGGUGCAGGAGGCCCCGGCGCUGCGGGCAGUGGUGCUGACCUGCCAGGCCUGCUGCAUGCUGGCUGUCUUCUUGAGCAUGCUGGUGUCCUACCGCUGCCGCUGGAGCAAGAGGAUCCGGGCAUCUGGAGUCAUCCUGCUGGAAGCCAUCCUUUUUGGAUCCCUGCUUCUCUACUUCCCCGUCUUCAUCCUGUACUUCAGGCCCAGUGUCUUCCGCUGCAUCGCUCUGCGCUGGGUCCGGCUGCUGGGUUUUGCCACCGUCUAUGGCACCAUCAUACUCAAGCUUUACCGAGUGCUCCAGCUGUUUCUGUCCCGCACCGCCCAGCGCGGCGCGCCCCUGGGCAGCGGGCAGCUGCUGCGGCGCCUGGCACUGCUCUUGCUCGUCGUGCUGGGCUUUCUGGCUGUGUGGACAGCAGGCAGCCUGGAGCGAGGCCCGCUCACGCCCCUGGUGGCCCGAGGCCACACUCCCGCCGGCCGCCACUUCUACCUCUGUCACCAUGACCGCUGGGACUACGUCAUGGUCGUGGCGGAGAUGCUGCUGCUGUGCUGGGGCAGCUUCCUGUGCUACACCACCCGCGCUGUGCCCUCGGCCUUCCACGAGCCGCGCUACAUGGGCAUCGCCCUGCACAACGAGCUGCUGCUGUCCACCGCCUUCCACACGGCCCGGUUCAUGCUGGUCCCCUCCCUGCACCCGGACUGGACCCUCCUCCUCUUCUUCUUCCACACCCACAGCACCGUCACUGCUACGCUGGCUCUGAUCUUCAUCCCCAAGUUCCGAAAGCCGGGGGGCACACCCCACGAGGAGAUCUUGGACGAGGUGUAUGAGGAUGAGCUGGAUCUGCAGCGCUCGGGCUCCCACCUGGACAGCAGCAUCGCCUCAGCCUGGAGUGAGCGCAGCCUGGACCCCGGAGACAUUCGGGAGGAGUUGAAGAAGCUGUACACCCAGCUGGAGGUCCGCAAGACCAAGGAGAUGGCUGCUAACAACCCGCACCUGCCUAAGAAGCGGGGCAGCUCCCGCCAGGGGCUGGGCCGCUCCUUCAUGAGGUACCUGGCCGAGUUCCCCGAGGCCCUGGCCAGGCAGCACUCCCGGGACUCCGGCUCCCUGGGCGGCAACAGCUUGCCUGGCUCCUCCCGCCGCGCGGGCUCCUCCCGCCGCCCGCUGCUCAGCGCCGCCGGCCACCAGGAUGCUGAGGGGUCCCUGGCCCUGCACAGGUCCCACAGCACCUACGAUCAGCACCACCAGCACCGGGAGCAGGAGCCGCCCCUCCUGGGCUCCACGCUGCAGAGGAACCCGUCUAGGAAGGCCCUGGGGCUGGAGGGCCGGGAGCCUGCCUCGGGGCCGCCCACCCUGGGCUUCCGCUCAGCCAGCGCCCACAACCUGACUGUGAGCGAGCGGCUGCCCCGGGCCCGGCCCAGCUCCCUGCAGAAGUCGCUCAGCGUUGUGGCCAGCACCAGGGAAAAGGCCCUGCUGGUGGCCAGCCAGGCCUACCUGGAGGAGACCUAUCAGCAGGCGAAGGAGAGACAGGAGCAAAAAAGAGCUGAGGCCGCCGCGGUCAGCCCGCUGCGGAGGCCAUCGCCCAGGAGGCUGGAGCGGGCCCGGGCUGCGCCCCUGUCUGCCCCACCGUCCCCUGCCAAGAGCAGCAGCAUGGACAGCUCUCAGGCCUCCGGGACGCUCCGGGACGAGAGUGGCCGGAGGCUGCCUCACCCACCGAUCCGUCACCAGGUCUCCUCGCCCACCUUGGGCCUGUCUGCCGCCUGCCUGGCAGAGCCACACAUGCUGUCUCCCAGCUCAACCUUGGCCCCAGUGCCCAUCCCUGCCCUGGCACCGGCCCCAGCACCCCCCCAAAGCCCCACCUUACUCACUUACAUCUGCCCCUGGGAGAAUGCGGAGCUGCCGGCCAAGAAAGAAAAUAUGACCCAGGAGGGUGUCUCGGGGCUGGAGCAAGGCGGCCACUCCCUCACCCCAGCUCGAGCCAAGCUCUGGAGAGCCCUCUCUGUGGCGGUAGAGAAGAGGGUGGCAGGGGACAAUGAGAUGGACACGGAGGACGGGCGACUGCAGGGCGAAGCAGAUGGCGGGGAUGAGGACAGGCCCAAGAUCUUCUCGAAAUCCCACAGCCUCAAGACGCCCGCGCAGCAGGGCUCCAUGCGCAGCCUGGGCCUGGCCAUCAAAGCGCUGACGCGAUCCCGGAGCUCGUACAGGGAGAAGGAGGGCAGCGAGGACAGCCCCCGGGCAGAGCAGGGCAGGGCUGAGGGAGCGGCCGUGGCCGUGGCUCCCCGGUCUCCCAGGCUGGGCCGGCCCAAGGCGGUGAGCAAGCAGGCGGCCCUGGCACCCUGUGACGAUGAGGAGUCCCUGCAGAACCAGCAGAACGCGCACACCAGCAGAAUGCUCCAAGUCCGUCACCAGGAGGGCAGAAGAGAAGAGGACAGAGGCCGGAAGCUCUCCCAGGGCCUAGGGGAGCACAGAGUUGAGCGGGUGGGGAGACCAGGGCUUGCCACGCUGAGGCAAGUUUUUGGGGACAAAAGUGCUGAGCAGGCCAAGGAGGCCCCAGCAGGGCGUCAGGAACCGCCCAAAAGUGGCCUCCAGCCGCUGGGCAGUGCUGACUGCGGGGUGGCAGAGGCGUGUCCCUGGGAAGCGCAGUCAGACUCGGGUGGGCUGGACAGUGGCAGCAAAGCCCACGUCUGCCCCUGGGAGGUCAGUGAGGGAACCCCCCAGAGGACGGCAUCAGGACAGCACCUAGGUGACUCCCAGGGCGAGAGGGGGACACCCACGGGCAAACCGGAGCCCAGAGGGGCGGCUGUCACAGCUCGGAAGAAGCCAGAGAGGCUGGUGCGGAGCCAGGAGGCUGUGUGUCCCUGGGAGGGCGCCGACCCUGGGGCCACGGGCUCGGGCCGUGCGGACGGGAAGAAGCUGGAGAAGCCUCGGGAGGAGGCCCCUGGCGCAGAGGCUCGCUCCCCUCCGCCUGCCAAGGCAGAGCUGUGCCCCUGGGAGGUGGGUGCAGGGGGGCAGGAGACACCGCCCCCAGGAGAGAGGAAGCUCCCCCAGGAAGGGCACAGCGCCCCCAAGAAAGCAGCCUUCUGGAGGAGACAGAAGCCACCUGGAGACCUGGAGUCUCUGUGUCCCUGGGAGAGCACAGAUUUCCGGGGCCCCUCGGCCGUCCCCGUCCAGGCCUCAGGAAGCACAGGCAGCAGCGUUGCCGAGGUGUGUCCGUGGGAGGCAGGAGACGCUCCUGACCCCAGGAAAGCAGAGGUCUGUCCCUGGGAGGGCAAUGAAGGAACAGAGCAUGGGACUUCCGGACGGACGGCUUCAGGAGACCCUCAGAAGGCUACGGAGAAGACGCCUGGAAAAGCAGGAACCCAAGGUGUCGCCUCGAGGGAGAAGCCUGAGGCACAGAUGCCAAAGCAGGAGGCAGUCUGCCCCUGGGAGAGUGUGGGACCCAGCAGUGCACCCCCACCGCCCGGUCCCCAAGACUCAGAGAGACCCCGAGCUAUUUCCCAGAGGUCGGGCAGCAUGGGAAGCAGGGCUGCCAAGGUCUGCCCGUGGGACGUGGAGGACGCCCUGGUGGCCGAGAAGGCGCAGAUCUGUCCCUGGGAGGUGGGUGAUGGAGCCGGGGACGGAAGGGUUCAGGGAGCUGAGGCCAUUAGAAAAUCUCCAAACGCUGCAGGAAGGGCUUGCGCAGGUUCUGGGCCCAGUGAGACACAGAAGCCAGGGAGGCCAGUGCUGGAGGCCUGUCCCUGGGAGGCCUCAGGUCCAGGGGAGUCCUGUGAGCGUGAGGACACUCUGGACUCUGAGGGGCCGAGAGCGGGAUCCCAGGACCUGGGCCGCGUGGGCUGCAGGCCAGCUGAGGCGUGUCCCUGGGAAGUGCAGGAAGCUCCCACCAGUGACAAAGCCAAGAUCUGUCCCUGGGAGGUGAGUGAAGGAGCUACCGGGAGGGGAGGAGAACAAGAUGUGGGGAGUAAGUCUUUGGGGCGCAGGGAGGAAAUUCUGGAGAAGGGAAGGCUUCCCUCCCUGGGACAUGGUGUAGCAAAAUGGGAGGCAAAACUCUGCCAAGAGCAGGAAGCUAUUUGCCCUUGGGAGGACCAGGACUUGAGGGAAUCAUCUUCCCCAGUCCCCAAAGUCUCAGACUUGUCCUUGGAAGUGAGUACAGAAGCGACAGAGAAGGAGGACCUGAAACACGACUCAAAGCCAGGCUCCCUCCCGGGGCACCAGCCCCAGGGAGAAGCGCCAGCUUCAAAAGCAGAAUCCACGGCUGAGGACACGGGAGAAACAAAUGAGGCGCAACAGUCUGUCCGUCCAAGGGACAGCGGGGCGCCACAGGGCUCUCUGUCCCACCCAGCCAGCCAGCACCCUGCCCAACCGGAAGCCAGCUUCCAGGCCCCGGGCAGUGCGGGGGCCAGCGUUGCCCACAUGUGCCCAUGGGAUGCUUCUGACCCGGACGUGUACAAAGCUGACAGCAGGGCCAAGGCUGAGAUCUGCCCCUGGGAGGCCAUGGAGAAAGUCCCUGAGAAAGGAGCUUCAAGACAAGAUGGAAAGGGAGACUCUCCAGAGGGGACAGGAGGAGCCCUGGGAAGACCAGAGCCCCAAGGGGUGGCAGUUCAGGAAAUGCCCAAGCUGGCAGACCGCAGGAAGCUGGAGGCUGUGCAUUCCGGGGAUAGUCGGGAUAGUGGUGGCCUGUCACAGCCGGCCCCGUGCACUUCUGAGGCACACAGAGGUAGAUCAGAGGCCGCAGGCCAAGUGGGGGCCGGGCUGGCGGAAGUGUGUCCGUGGGAUGCGGAAGAGACGCCCUCCGCCAAGAAAGCAGAGGUCUGCCCUUGGGAGCUGGGUCCAGGGGCAGCAGGGGAAGGGACCCUGGCACAGGAGGCAGCCGGACGGUCCCAAGGGCAAGAAGAGGUUUUUCUCCAGAAGGCAGGAUGUGCAGGAGCUGAAGGAGACUUUUCAGAAGUGGCAAUGACACUCAGCAGAGAACAGGACACAGCUGGCCUCUGGCAUGGCACAGGGUCAGAGGGCCUUGUUCCCCCGGGAGACGCUCUGGACGCUGAUUAUGACAGAUGCAGCCUCCACGGAGCAGGCAGCGUGGGGACCCAGAUAGCAGAGCUCUGUCAGUGGGAGGUCACAGAUCCAGAAGGAAAUAAAAUAAGGGGCACCAUGGCAGACAUCUGUCCUUGGGAAGAAAGUCAAGCCCCGUGUGAGGAACCUGGGCUCCUGGCUUUAAUAGCGGCUCAGACAGAGAAUGUCCCCCCGACCUCUGAGAAGUCGCUGUGCCUCCCGGUCAGCUUCAUUCCGGAAAGCAAGAGCUCCCACCCCGAGGGGACCAAGGGGAGCAAGGUGGCGGGUUCUGCCAGUUCCCAGGAAGGUGUCAGAGAACUGCAGGGACCUUCAGGGCCCUGGACCAGCAUCACCCCCGAGCUCAGUCUCCGAGAAGCCGAGACUCAGAAGUCUUCCCCCUUAGCUGAGGACCAAGGACAAGUGGCCUCGGGAGCUCAAGAGGACACUGGCAGCUGUCCCCCUGCUUAUCCUUGGGACUGCGAGUAACAGCGCCAUCAGGUGAGGUCACAGAGCUGGCCCUCGGGAGCUGAGGGCAUUCCCACAUCCUAGCGUUCAGACACUUAGCCACUUCCCCUCCCCAAGAAGCCAGACAUCCACUCAAAUGAAAAAUUAGUAAGAAGGGUAGGGCUCAAACCCCAAGGGAGGGCUUACCUUCAUGUUACAAACUAGCUUUCCUUCCUGCCCAAGAAAGCAAAAGCCUAGGCCAGGCGUGAUGGUGUACGCCUGUA